ACACUUCCAAAAAAGAAUCAACAUAGAGGUAGUUUUUUUUAUACAGAUAUACAUUUUUUAGAAGAAAACAAAUAACUUGUCACAUUCAUUUAGAAAGAACCCUCCACUCACUCUUCCUAUAAGAUAUGGCGCCGGUGAAGAGGAGGGUGUUCAAUACAAAGAAUGAACUAGCGGUGGAGCUGGCGAUAUACAUAGCCGAUCUCUCUUCCAAAUUUUGCAAAGAAAGAGGAAUUUUCACUGUUGUACUAUCCGGGGGUGACCUCAUCUCCUGGCUCUGGUCCGUUUCAAGAUUUAUAUACAAAAUAUAUUAUACCAAUCUCAAUUCUUCCCAAAUAUAUAUAUAUUUUUUUUGAUUCGUUCAAAGGAAAUUGUUAGGAGCUCCUUAUAUUGAUUAAGUUGAGUGGUCUAAGUGGCACAUAUUUUGGGUCGACGAGAGGGUUUGUGCUUGGGAUCAUGCGGAUAGCAACUAUAAACUCGCUUACGACGGUUUUCUCUCCAAAGGUCUUGAUAGCAACUGUUUGGAGAAGAUCCAGAUCUAGGUUUUCUUCAAAGUUUUUCAGGGAUUUUCGGUCUACUCCACAUGUUUACUAAGAUGUCGGUUGUGAUAGAUAAAGCUCUGAUGGCCAUGUCUCUUGAUGAAGAUGACGAGCCUUUUAUGAUGCCAAAUCUUCCAGAAUUCUGUGCUAGUGAAAAGAAUGAGCUCAGUCUUAUAGGGCGUAUCCUUAAUCCAAAUUCACAAAAGGUUUCUAAUGUUGUUCUUACUAUGCCAAGGAAAUGGCAAAAGAUUGGGAGAGUUAGAGGCUUGGCUCUCUCCAAAGAGCGUUUCCAAUUUAUCUUCUCAAAGGAGUAUGAUCUUUUGGAAAUCAUGGAAAAAGGCUUUCAAACGUUCAAUGAAUGGGGUCUCGUUCUUGACAGAUGGAUGGAGAAGCCUCCAAGCGAUUUUCUCCAAUUUGUGAAGAUCUGGGUCCAGAUCCGCAACAUCCCGGUGAACCACUACACUGACAAAGCAAUUACAGCCCUGGGUGAGCUGAUUGGGCAAGUUCUUGAGGUAGUUUGUGAUCCGGAUAAACCGCAGAAUCAAGAUUUCGUCAGGGUGUUGAUUAAGUUUGAUGUGUCAAGACCCCUUCGGAAAUCUAAGGUUAUUGGCUUGCCUCAUGGUCAAUCGACCACCAUCUACUUCCACUACGAAAGAGUGCAAAAGCGAUGCUAUAACUGUCAAAGAUUGACGCAUGAGGCAGAUCUUUGCCCCAUCCUGCUUUUGAGAAAACAUGAAUUGGAAGAUAGGAAACUCUUGGGGCUCGCAGUUGAGAAACCAAAACCUGCACUGGUCCUGAAAGAUUCGGACCCUCUUUUUGGAAUUCUGGAGGAAAGCCAAGUUGGUAUAAAUCCCUUGACAGGUCGUCCCCGAAUAGCUCCAGAGAUUCUUGAAGGAAUGAGACAGUACUUGGUUAUCUCCAAUGGUGAAGAUAGAGCAAUAAGAGAAGCACGAGUAAAGAAUUCGGUUGCAAAAGCAGAGAAGGAUCCCUUCACCAAGAAAGCGGUGUUACAGCUUGAACCAAUUCCAAUCGUCUCCCAUGAUCUAAACAAAAGUAAAGGUCUGGUUUUCGGCUAUGAAUCUGAAGAUUCUUCUACCAACUCAGAGAGAUUGCUUCCCAAGGGUGAGAAACUAAUGGCAGGGGCCUUUCAGGCUGAAGAGACGAGAAGGAAUAGAGACAUUCAGUCUACAUUGCAAACGAAUCUGGCUCUCUCAUCACAUCUAGCCUCCAUCUCUCCCCCAGGAAACUCUACGGUCUAUAGGAUAGGCCUCUCUGAGGCUGGUCCUUCCGGGGUUCCACGGAAAACCUCAAAACCAAGGAGGAGACCUUCAAAAGGUCAUAAGAAAAGUUUAAGGAAAGAUCUUUUACCUUCUCAAGGAGAGGUGUCACUCACAGCGGGUACAGAGGAAGGUUUUUUGGAGAAAAGAAAAGCAGAGUUUGAGCUGGAUGGUGUUUCCAAGGCUGCAAAGCCGCAACCACCUGAGAUGGUCCCAAAGGGGGGACCGUCCAACGCCUAAUGAACUUCCUGAGUUGGAAUUGCCAAGGAGUGGGGCGGCCUCAUGACUUGACAAUUCCGCGUCUCAAGGAGAUACGGAAAUCAUAUUUCCCGGAGAUUCUGUUUUUGAUGGAGACCAAAAAUUGUAGAAACGUUUUAGUAGAUUUGCAAGUGUGGUUGGGCUAUGAUAAUAUUUUUACGGUUGAACCAGAAGGACUCAGCGGGGGUUUAGCUCUUUUUUGGAAAAACUCUGUACAUAUCGACUUUAAGUUUGUAAAUAAGAAUCUGUUGGACCUAGAAGCUCAGGUUGGUAAUGUUGCUAUGUACAUCUCUUGUGUUUAUGGAAACCCAGUGACUGGUUCAAGGCAAGAGGUUUGGGAGAGGCUAAUGCGGAUAGGAUCUCAGAGAACCUCCAUCUGGUGUAUGUUGGGGGAUUUCAAUGAGAUUCUUCAUAAUGGGGAAAAACUAGGAGGUCCUCCAAGAUCCAACCAGUCUUUCCAAGGUUUCGCGGACAUGCUAUCAAUUUGUGGGAUGUCGGAACUCAAGAGUAAAGGGAAUAGCUUCACCUGGGGUGGCAUGCGGGGAACUACUUGGGUGCAGUGCAAGCUGGAUAGAAGCUUUGGAAAUAAAGAAUGGUUCAAGCACUUCCCGGCUUCGAAUCAAUCCUUCCUAGAGAAAAGAGGAUCCGAUCAUAGACCGGUCUUCAGAGAUUUCUAUUCAAACCAAAUGUCAAAGAGGCGAUUACCCUGGCUUGGAACUCUUCUUCAGUACGACAAAGAGAAGGAUCAGUCUCUGAUAAGCUGAGAUGCUGUAGAACGGCCUUGAGCAAGUGGAAGAAGGAAAAUUCUGUCAAUGCGGCGGACAAGAUUUCCCAUCUACAAGUUGCACUUGAAUCAGAGCAAUCGGCUCAUCUUCCUUCUCAGAACCUGGUGUUUAAGUUGAAGAAAGAUCUGAUCCUAGCAUACAAAGAAGAAGAGACAUAUUGGAGCCAAAAAUCUUCAGAGAAAUGGCUAUUAGAUGGAGAUAAGAACACCAAGUACUUUCAUGCAUUUGUAAAAGCCAACAGGUCAAAGAAUGGAAUCUCUAAGCUUGUUGAUGUUAAUGGAAAUGUUCAGAGAUCAGAGGCCUCAAAAGGAGAAGUUGCUAAUAGUUACUUCAAGUCUUUAUUUACAUCCUCUAAUCCGGGUAACUUCCAGUCUCUCUUCUCUGACCUUCCUCCUCGGGUGUCUACAUUGAUGAAUGAUGGUUUAACAAAGCUGGUAAGUAAAGAAGAAAUUAAGGAAGCUGUCUUUUCUAUAAAACCCUCAAGCGCACCAGGCUCGGAUGGAAUGACAGACCUUUUCUUUCAACACUAUUGGGAUGUCAUUGGAGAAGAGGUUACCAAGGAGAUACAAGCUUUCUUCACCACUGGCUCAUUUCCCAACGAAUGGAACUAUACUCAACUUUGCCUCAUUCCAAAGA